GAGUUUUAUGUGGAGCUGCUGAAGGCCUCAGCAGCAGCAGGAGACGGCGAGGUGGAGGCGGCCACGUUGACUAAGGAAAGGGCGCUGCUCUCGAAGAAAAGAAAAGCAGCCAAGAUUGUGGACCGGCGCGCGUCUAAAGGCCGCAAGAUUCGCUACAAGCCGAUCCCUGAGCUGGAGAGUUUCAUGACUUCCGUCCCCUGGGUCCCGAACACCGAAGCCCUUCCAGGAGCCGACGACCCCCUUGUGGUGCAGGGCAUAAUCAACAACCUUUUCAGAGCUAGCUAG